AGCCGGUGUUUGGAGCCGAGAUUCGUUGGAAAAAGCAAGCACUCGGCGGUGUCAAUUCACCGCAACACUUUACGGCAYAGAACUAGGCAACUCGAUAAACCAAGCCAUGGGUGGUCCGAACAAAGGCAAGGCCGCAGCGGCCUCCUCAAACGUCCGCGUCGUGGCCAGGAUCCGUCCCCUCGCGAAAUACGAACUCGAGAACGGAUCCAAGAAAAUCGUCACUUCGCUUCCYAAUCUCAACAACGCAACCGCACCGGGAGCGCCCCCCGAGAUACCCAGGGAGCCCGAGGUGCUGGAAGUCCGGCCCGAAAAYGCCGAGAAGCGCUGGUUCGAGCUCGAUGCAGUGUUGGACGGAACGUCAACGCAGGAAGAGGCAUAUGUSAAGGCUGGGGCCAAGCAGGCCGUCACAGAGGAUCUGUUCAAAGGCUUUAACUGYACCAUUCUGGCCUAUGGUCAAACUGGAGCCGGUGCGUUUUCUUUAGUUUUUCUUUGCUUUGUGUUGCGUUUGAUCUCGUUGCACUUUACUUGAAGGGAGAUGGAAUGCCACUUUUGCUUCUAUUCGGUUUGGCUCAAUUCGAUUCGCUUUUAUUCCAUUCCGUUCGAUUUCAUGCAAUCCAAUUYUGUUUAAUCACAAUAACGCCAUGGAAUGAUAUACGCUGUGAUAUGAUUGCUUCCUGUUGAUUCAACUUGGCCCAAAACGAACCAAUUCGACAAUACGCAAAAAUAAAAUGCACCCACGCCGAUCUWUACCUACCGUAAUGUUCUGAAUGAUGCUGCGUUGGACUAUCCUAUCUUGUACCGAACACAAUCAAAUGACAAUACGCACACUACAGGUAAAACCUUCACAAUGGGAUCCGCUGCCGGAACAUCGAUGGAUAUUGGAGAAAACGAUGGAAUAAUCCCUCGUGCCUGCGUCGAUUUGUUCACCCAAAUCGAAAAGCGCUGCGACGGCAACGCCAAGGUAGAAUUGUCGUACCUGGAAAUUUACAACGAGGAGAUGCGGGAUCUGCUGAGGGACGAAUCCGAAAAGGGGAAAAGUGGCAAGGUGAAAGAACUCAAGGUCCGAGAAACCCUCAACGGAGAAGUCUAUGUCGCUGGCCUGUCGUCGCGGCCCGUGGACUCUCCGAAAGUCAUCGGAGAUUACAUGGAGGAGGCCUCGACGAAGAGAGCCGUUGCCUCUACCAAAAUGAACGCGGUAUCCAGUCGUUCCCAYGCCAUUUGCGUCCUGCGCAUCAAGGGAGUUCUGGAAGAUUCAUCGAAAUUCGAAGCCAAGCUCACUCUUGUGGAUCUGGCCGGUUCGGAACGAAUCAAGAAGACGGGUGCCGAGGGUGGUCGGCGGAAGGAAGGAAUCAACAUCAACAAGGGACUCUUUGUCUUGGGGCAGGUCGUGAGCGCCCUUUCAGAAACCCGACCCAAGUACAAGCGAAAGCCGCCAUAUCGCGACUCGAUUCUGACCCGUUUGUUGCAAGAUUCGCUGGGAGGAAAUUCUCGAACAAUCAUGGUGGCCUGUGUGAGUCCCGCCGACUUUAACCUCGACGAGACCAUCACGACGCUGCGAUAUGCCACGAACGCACGAAAUAUUAAGAACACCGCCACCCGAAACGUCAUUAAGACGCUGUCGCCCGAGGAGGCCGCCAAACUCCAGCGCGAAAACCAGCUUCUGGCAGCCCAGGUUAAGGAGCUCCAGGAGACUAUUCGCAAGAUGGGCUUGGCAACGGCAGAAGACGAUUCUACCGUGUCCACCGCGACAACUGUCUCUUCCGAGGACGACAGCAGCUCCGGGGCUCCCGGUGAAACCACCAUGAGCCAGCAAAAGGCCCGUAUCCAUGAUCUGGAAAACGAGGUCCAGCGGCUGAAGAACGGUGUAUCGUCAAAGAACGGAGGGAUUAUUACGGAAAGUAUGGCCAAGGAUGCGAUCGAGCUGCCCGAGUUCAAGAAACGGAUCGCCGAGCUUGAGGAGGAAGUCGCGGUGAAGAAGGAUUUGGAGAUGGAAAACAUGGAGCUACAAUCGGAGAUACAGGAGCUCAAGGCGGACGCAGACUCGGCCCGGCUUGCGGCCAACCAAAUGUCGAAGAUCAUGGAGCAACUCAAGGAGUUGAAGGGAGACGAAAUCGACAAGAAACGAAUGGAGUUCGACCACAUCAAGGUCGAAGAAGCCUGGGUGUCCUUUGUCUACCAGGUACUGGAAACAAAUCGGCAGCAUCUCAAGAAACUCCACUUCGACUUUAUGGUGGUGGCCCGGGAGGUGGAUUCCCCUGAAUUCGGACUCAACCACCCGAGGGGUGGCAUCAUCGGGCGGUUCCGAAAACGAAUCGAAAUGCGGCGGAGCAGCAUUCGUUCUCCGAACGGAGGAAGCAUACAUGGCAGCAGCCAUGGAGGGAGCCUCCAUGGCUACGGCGAUGCCCAACAGGCUGCCGUUCAGCAGCAGCAACAACAACAACAACAUCAUUCGCAAAUCCAACAAACCCCAGAAGAAACCAAAGCGGAGGAACCACGGCCCACRCCACCGGAAGAAGACCCGACCAACAUCAUGAAGGUCAUUGUGAAUCUGAAGGACGAAUUGAAGGCCGCCCACGAAGUCAUUCGCCAGCAGCGUGUGCAGGUCGAGCUUGCCAUGGAAGACAAGGAAAAACGUGCCACGGACGCCAGUGCCGGCAGCGACAAGGAAUCUGACCAGGGAACAACCUCGGGAUCGGUGUCGGUAGAGGAAUACCAAUCCCUCAAGGCCCGAUACACGCAGCUCGAAAUCGAUCGGUGCUGGGCCGAGUUCCAACUCCGGGAUCGCAUCACCAACGACGCGCUGAAGUUCCACCGGCGGAUCCGMGCCGUCAUGCAAAAGAACAUGAGCACUCCGUGCGAGGAGGACGCCGAGGCCCGCGAGGAGGAGAUCAAGGCCAAGGUCGACGGGGAAAUCAAGAAGCGCAUGAGGGCGGUGACGGAAAACCUCAAGUGCUUCGAGGAACGAAUGGUGCAGAUGGAGAACCACGUGCAGGCCGAGAUGGCCUCGCUGAAGGAGAUCCAGAACUCUCUGCGGGUCCAGCAGGACAACAUGGAACUCGAGAUCGGAAAGACCGAGAUCGAGCAAUUCAUGCUGAAUGAGGACGACACGAAGCUCCUGGAGCAGCUCACUACGCUCCUGGUUGGUCCCGUGAAGAACCUGGGGACCUUUCCCAGCGACGACCUUUUGGAGCGCUCCGAGCAGGAGCACGACGAGGAGGCCGGUGCCGUGAUUUGAUACUCCAAACRURCAUGCAUACMAACAAAAGAACAAACCUUUAGAUUUUUA